AUGGAGGCUCUGUAUGUCCAACCCCAUGAAGAACAGAGGGUGAUGACUGAAGAGGGGAAAUAUGAGAAAAAUGGGGAAAAAGAUGAGGGAGAAAUGGAAGCCUCUUCUCCUGUGGUCUCCUGCACGGAAGAGGAAACUGAUGAGGAUUCAGAACCAGAGCCUCCACCUAUUAUUCGAAGGAAAGUAUCAUUCGCUGAUGCUUUUGGCCUCGACCUGGUUUCAGUUAAAGAGUUUGACAACGCUGAGGUGACAGAAUCAGAGGCUAGUUGGUCUGAUGGGAGGAAGGUGUUCCAACCAACAGAAGAAGUUUAUCUGUCUUGCUUGUUUACAGUCCCCUCAUCAACAGAGGAGCUGGAUCAGAGGCUGUGCGAGCAGAUGGUUGAGCUGGAGAGCAUCGAGCUUCUCCCGGGAACCACCACCCUCCGCGGCGUCAUCAGGGUGGUCAACCUCUGCUACAGCAAGAACGUCUACGCCCGCGUGACUCUGGAUCAGUGGAGGAGCUACUUUGACCUGCUAGCAGAGUAUGUACCGGGAUCCAGUGACAGGAAAACAGACCGGUUCACCUUCAGGUACACCAUAGUUCCUCAGUUUGAGAAAGAAGGAACUAGGGUGGAGUUCUGCCUCCGAUAUGAAACUCCAAUGGGCACUUUCUGGGCUAAUAAUAAAGGAAUGAACUAUGUGAUGUUCUGCCACCAAGUAAAAGAGCAUCUAACCCAAACAGAAGAGGAGAGCAGCAGCUACAAGAGCAAGAGGAGCUGUCUUAAAGCCAACAGGAAUGGAGACACAGAAGACAAGACCAAGGAGAGCAUACACAACGAUAAAGCUGCUGCAGACGUACAUAAAGUAGAAAAGACUUGUGGGGAGACAACGUCACUUCAUCCUGAAGACCAAAAACCUUGGGUGGAAAGCAUAAAAAGUCGACGCAGAGCGAUCCGUCUGGCGCGUGUGCAGGACUACCUCUGCAAGAGGGUGCAUCAGCAACCAAAGGCAUUUCCACAUGACUCAGCCUAUGGCCAAAAGGUUUCUCAGCGUGUGUCAGCUGCACAUGACUCUGCCAGCUAUCUCUAUAAAUCCCAAGAGAUGCAAUCAAAGGAGAGUCCGCAAGUACUAACCUACCAUCAGAUUCCUUUGCUCACAUUGGACUGGAACAGUCAUACAUCUAAGCAGCAGGACACUGUCGAUGACAUCUUGACUGGGAGAGCUAAAAUGACUUUGUCAAAAGAGUCAGAAGAAAAUGUACCAUCUAUUAAUGAUAUCUGGGAGAGCUUUCCUAAGACUACACAUGAUAGCAACACUAAAGGAACUUCUGUGACUGAUAUAUGGCAGGUUUUCCUUAAUGGGCCCAGUUGCAAGCACCACUCCGAUGUCCCAGAGUCAGAGUGGCUUCAGACAGCAGCAUCGGUGCUUCCUUCAAAUGAUAAGGAGCUGCAAAUCCAAUAUACAAAAGAAAGUCAGAAAUGUCAAAAAUUUCAGGAGGGCAAAGAUACACCCACCACCUUACAAACCUUAGCUGCCUGUCAGUUGCUGUCAGAUAGGUGUGAAACAUUGUUGGCUGCCGUUGCCUUGAAUGCUAAAGAUGAUCAGCCAGCAGAGGCAUGUGUCAGCAGCCCAAAAGAUGACAACGCAGUGGCGCAAGACGCAUCCAAAAGGUCACAGAGCAACUCCAUAACAGACACUCCACAGGAAUUCAACCUCAAGAGGGCAGCGCCUCUGUCCGAGGACACCUGUGACAGUCCAACCAGGUGUCACAGAUACAACGACUGGGUGCAAGAAAACAAAGGAAUAAUAGAAACAGCGGGAACAGGAAAAAGUCAGCCCUUCGCAUUGCACACACCUAACUCAGUAGCAAGCUUAAGGGAGUCUGAGACAACAGACAUGACAGUAAUGGCAGAGACUCCGAAUGCCAGCAGUGUUGAUACAAUCUCAUCAGAUGCAAGGCAGGUUGGGGGGCUUUAUUCUAACAGGGAACAUGAGGUUCCAGGCACUGCACACAAUGUGGUAGAUGACAUCCUGGCAUUUAGGGAGACAAUCAUGGAGGAGACGAGGGACAGGGCCAGUUAUGCCUUCUCUGCAUCCAUGCAAAGGGAGAAGGAGGAGAUCACGAUGAACUAUAUGGCAAAAAAAGUGCCAACAGAAGAGGAAAUGUUUAUGCCACAGGAAAGCAAAGAGUGUAAUAUGCCUCUAAGAUAUGCAGCUAAAAUCCAGUGUGAGGAAUUCAGGCAAAGCGAAAAUAGAGGGAUUGACGAGAAGGAACCAGGAACAACAACAAGACAUGCUAGAUUUGACUCACAGCAAAAAUAUGAGGAAAAUUUGGAGAAAAAUAGAAAUAUUUUAACUGAUGUAAACAAAGGUGGCCCACCCAAUAACCACAAGAUGGAGGUAAUAAAGAAAGAUGUAAGAGCUGUUGGGACACAAAGCAAGGAAGCAGAGGAAGUAACUGAUAAAGGUAGUAAGCUCAUAAAAAAAUUGGAUGGGGUACAAUUGCAACAUGAAGAUGGAUCAUCUCCAUUACCUAUGGCAGAAUACGAUACACAGUCGAGGUCUGUCCUUGUGAAUGAAAAGCUACACGUUGAAAAGAGGGGAGACCUGCCUCUCACACAAAGAGAACAAAGUGAUAACCAGAAAUCUGAAACAGGCCAACAAGAGUUGGGUUAUGAUAGAAAAGCAAUGGAGCAAAAAGAAAUAAGCUCUUCUUCAGGUUUAAGUCCCACUGUCGAUAUGCCGGAAGUUAUAGUUUGCCAAAUCAGCCAUGAUACACAAAUAUCUUGUCACACUGAUGGAUAUCACCUUAACCCCUUGGAGGUAGUCAAACCAAGAUUGACAGAACCCCAGCAAGACUCAAAGAGUCCAAAACAAGAUUCAAGUAGAGACAUAAAUCUGGAAGAAGUAAUGAUAAAGGAGAAUAGUGCAGAGAGAGACACUUCAGCAGAACACCGACCUGAAACCUCAAGAGGAACAAAACAAGAUCAGAGUAAGGAAGAUGAGAAAGUCUGUGUUGGAAGGUUUAAAGUAGAGGCAAUGAGGGAGUUGAUGGGUAAUCUGGAGAGCCCUCAGGGGGAGAAUAAGAAUACGUGGAAAGAACAAGAAUCAUCAGCAGAAGUUAAGAGCUCUCCACAUGUUGAAUACAACAAACUGGCAGAUGGAACAAAAGAUCCCAUUACAGUAGAAAAUAGUGCUGCACUUGAAGCGACACAGUCAGAAUUGGAGCAAAUGUUCAUAGAAAGGUUUGGAGACAAUUUGGUUUGUAGCAUCAUGGAAGAGGUCUUUGCUCGGGAAAAACAACCUUCCACUCGGCAUACAAAUACUGUUGGUAACAUUAAAAGCAGGCUGACAGAGGCUACUCAAGACUGCCAUCUUAUUUACGAGAAAAACUUGAGUGACACCUUUGGUUCAGGCGUGUUUUCGUUGAGGGAAUUUCCAACAGAUUCACAUGUAAAUCUCUGUCAAAGCCUCAAGCAAACCUUGGAGACUGAAGGCAAUGAAUACUCUCCGAAAGACAGAAAGGCCAUGACAGAGCACACCGACAGUCCUGAAUUACAGACUGAUUUGGAUUCAAUUGCCCAUCUGAGCCUAAUAGUCCAUGGUGAGGAAUCGAUGUUUGAACCAACCCUAUCUCUUAGCUCUCCAAAGGAUCGGGAGGACAGCUCUCAAAUUAAAGCCGAAUCGGUUCCUCAUCUAGAGAAAGAUUUUGAAAUAGAAGGCUGCAUAAUUGCUGGCACAACAAGUUUUAAUCGAUUCUCCCACCUUUCCAACAAACACCAGAGCUCCUCUGAGAAAUUAAAAGAGUCUGAUGCCCUUUUAUGGUGGACUGUGUUAUACACCAUCAGCCACAUCACUAGAUUGCUAAUCUGCACCCUCUUGGUUGGGGGGUUCUUUGUUGUGGUAUUUCUCUAUGAUUUCCCAGCCUUCUUUGCACUCUACAUAUUUUCAAUGUCUUGGUGGAUUUUUAAGUGGAAGAAACACCAGGCGACUACAGGUAAUAAUGCUGCAGAAUAGGUAAGGUUUAAUAUUUUCUCAUGGUGGAUUCAACUUGGGGAGAUUACAUUUAAGAUUAAAUAACACCAAGUGCAAUAUAUUGAUAGUGUGACUGUGUGGAUUUUUAUUUUGUCUAUUUUUUCAAAUGAAAUCUUGUAACCCCUAAGAAAGCAAAAUCAACUUGAAUCAGGAGCAUAUGUAAUUCAAACAGUAAAAUUACUUUUUUGUUUUUGAAGCUGUCAACUACUGAAUUUCAAAUAAAAUUGUAGAUUAGAUGUAAUACUGUAGUAUAGAACUGAUGUUUGAGAACUUAGUUAAUGCAAAUAUUCUGCAAAACGUUGUGUUCAAUAUAUGUUAAUUUGCUGUGUUUUGUUGGCCUAAUACAUCUUUACAAUGAAUAAGAUUCAAUAAAAAGACUUUUGUGAUAUUCUUCAAUAAAAUGCAUUCACAAGGUU